UGCCUACCAGAUUGUUGUUGAGGAGCUGCACCCACACCGAACAAAGCGAGAAACGGGUGCCAUGGAGUGCUACCAAAUCCCUGUCACCUAUCAGACCGCCCUCAACGGAGGGUCGCCGUAUUACUUUGCUGCUCAGCUGCCCCCAGGAAACCUGCCAGAGCCAGCCCCCUUUACCGUGGGUGACAACAGGACUUACCAGGGUUUCUGGAACCCACCACUGGCUCCUCGGAAAGGCUACAACAUCUAUUUCCAGGCCAUGAGCAGUGUUGAGAAGGAAACCAAAACUCAGUGUGUCCGAAUAGCUACAAAAGCAGCAGCAACAGAGGAACCUGAGGUGAUUCCAGAUCCAGCCAAACAAACAGAUCGAGUGGUGAAAAUAGCAGGAAUAAGUGCAGGAAUUCUGGUAUUCAUCCUACUACUCCUUGUUGUCAUAUUGAUUGUCAAAAAAAGCAAACUUGCGAAGAAACGCAAGGACGCCAUGGGGACCACUCGCCAGGAGAUGACGCACAUGGUGAAUGCGAUGGACAGGAGUUAUGCUGACCAGAGCACCCUGCAUGCAGAGGAUCCCCUUUCAAUCACAUUUAUGGACUCUCAUAACUUCAGCCCCAGAUUGCCCAAUGAUCCACUUGUGCCGACAGCUGUGUUAGUGCCUAUUACUGAUGAAAAUCACAGUGCGACAGCGGAGUCCAGCCGUCUCCUGGAUGUCCCUCGCUACCUCUGUGAAGGCACAGAAUCCCCAUACCAGACUGGGCAGCUGCACCCUGCCAUCAGGGUGGCUGAUCUCCUGCAGCAUAUUAACCUAAUGAAGACCUCUGACAGCUAUGGAUUUAAAGAGGAGUAUGAGAGUUUCUUUGAGGGGCAGUCAGCUUCUUGGGAUGUCGCUAAGAAGGAUCAAAACAGAACAAAGAACCGCUAUGGAAACAUUAUAGCAUAUGACCACUCCAGGGUGAUUUUGCAACCUGUUGAAGAUGAUCCAUCUUCAGAUUACAUUAAUGCCAACUACAUAGAUAUUUGGCUGUACAGGGAUGGAUAUCAGAGACCAAGUCACUACAUUGCAACCCAAGGUCCAGUUCAUGAGACUGUAUAUGACUUCUGGAGAAUGAUAUGGCAGGAGCAAUCAGCUUGCGUUGUGAUGGUCACAAAUUUAGUGGAAGUUGGAAGGGUCAAGUGUUACAAGUACUGGCCUGAUGACACAGAAGUUUACGGGGACUUCAAAGUGACCUGUGUAGAGAUGGAGCCGCUUGCGGAGUACGUCGUCAGGACCUUCACUCUGGGAAGGAGGGGCUACAAUGAAAUCCGUGAAGUAAAACAGUUUCAUUUCACUGGCUGGCCAGAUCAUGGAGUUCCUUACAAUGCCACUGGCCUGCUUUCCUUUAUUCGGAGAGUCAAAUUAUCUAACCCUCCUAGUGCAGGGCCUAUUGUUGUCCAUUGCAGUGCUGGUGCUGGACGGACAGGUUGUUAUAUUGUGAUUGACAUCAUGUUAGAUAUGGCAGAAAGAGAAGGUGUUGUGGAUAUCUACAACUGUGUCAAAGCCUUACGGUCCCGUCGCAUCAACAUGGUACAGACAGAGGAGCAGUACAUCUUUAUUCAUGAUGCCAUUCUAGAAGCUUGCCUGUGUGGAGAAACUGCUAUUCCUGUCUGCGAAUUCAAAGCUGCUUAUUUUGAUAUGAUUAGAAUAGACUCUCAGACAAACUCUUCACAUCUCAAAGAUGAGUUUCAGACCCUGAAUUCUGUGACCCCACGCCUGCAAGCGGAGGACUGCAGCAUAGCCUGUUUGCCAAGGAACCAUGACAAGAACCGCUUCAUGGAUAUGCUGCCACCUGACAGAUGUCUGCCUUUCUUAAUUACUAUUGAUGGGGAGAGCAGCAACUACAUCAAUGCUGCUCUUAUGGACAGCUACAGGCAGCCAGCAGCUUUUAUUGUCACACAGCAUCCUUUACCCAACACUGUGAAAGAUUUCUGGAGAUUAGUGUAUGACUACGGCUGUACUUCCCUUGUGAUGUUAAAUGAAGUCGACUUGGCACAGGGCUGCCCGCAGUACUGGCCUGAGGAAGGGAUUCUGAGGUACGGUCCCAUCCAAGUGGAAUGCAUGUCGUGUUCGAUGGACUGCGACGUCAUCAACCGCAUUUUCAGGAUAUGCAAUCUAACAAGACCACAAGAGGGCUAUCUGAUGGUGCAGCAAUUCCAGUAUUUGGGAUGGGCUUCUCACAGAGAUGUACCAGCUUCCAAGAGAUCCUUUUUGAAGUUAAUUCUCCAGGUUGAAAAAUGGCAAGAGGAAUGUGAAGAAGGAGAGGGUCGGACCAUCAUCCAUUGCCUAAAUGGUGGUGGCCGGAGUGGGAUGUUCUGUGCCAUCGGCAUUGUGGUUGAGAUGGUAAAAAGGCAGAACGUGGUGGACGUUUUCCAUGCCGUGAAGACUUUGCGGAACAGUAAGCCCAACAUGGUAGAAACUCCGGAGCAAUAUCGUUUCUGCUAUGAUGUUGCACUGGAGUACUUGGAAUCCUCUUAGUCGGAAUGGAUGUGACAAAGUUCACCAAACACGUGAAUCUCAAUAUGCUGUUGUGACAACAGUUCUUGAUCCUGUGAAGAAAGAUUUUAGGGGAAGAGGGUGGGGUGGGAGGGAUUUUAAAUUUUAAAUGCAAAGUAUUUUUCUUAUGAAGUUGUGUAUCUUAAUAAAAGAACUCAAUCUGUUUCUAUGCUUGUAUACAGGAUUGACAUUUAGUGCCACAUAAAUACUAUUUAAUGAAAACCAGAGUCGGAAGAGAUCUGCGCAAAUUAGGACUUCUCAGUGUUUGUAUAUGCAGCCGUCUCUCAAUUACAGUAGAGAGACCAUCUGUUGCAUGUAUCAAUAUUCCCUAGACGGUAUUAUUUUUUUUCUUUUUUUUUUUCCUUUGAUACAUUGUUGAAGUACAAUAGCAGUGCAGAUUGAUAGUAAGGUUCAUUCUUUAUAUGUUUCAAGUGUUGCAUAUAUAUAUUAUAUAUAGUAAAAAAAAGAAACCUGGCUUAUUUUGUUUUAAUGUGCAAUGAUGGCUGGAUCACGUAAAGAUCUUUAUAAAGAAACUUAAACAUAAGCCAAAGACUCAAGUGUAAAUAUGUCUAUAUGGAGAAAGCACAUGUAUUUAUUGUUUACUUGCAUUCCUUUUUUGAUGGCUGAAAAAAGAAGAAUCAUUUUUCUUGAAGAAAGCUUUUUUUGCUGAAAUCAAGUGUAAACAAUUUUUGUAGUUUAUUUUUUGUAUGUUUUAGUGUAAGUAGAAGACAUACUUUUUAUGCAUAGACCAAGAAACAUUGGUAGUGGUUUUGUUGUGCACAUGCUUGUGAUUCAAAUCCAUGUAAACAACUCAGUUAUAGAAGGUCUUUAAUUACAGGACCAAAAUCAAAACAUUUUCCUGAAUAUGUAUAGUUUUUCACAGUUGCAUUAGUUACUGAUCAAAAAACUGUGUAAGGAAGGGCACACAUCAAAAUCGCCUGGCCUAUGACUUGCACAAUAUUGGAAGAAAUUUUUAAGCACCAUUACAAUCGUAAGGGAACCAAUUGUUUAAAAAAAUAUUGAAGCACAGGUCAACAGGAUAACUGCCACACAAAUAGAUGGCUCUGCAUAUGCCCUUCAGGGUAAGACAGUAUUUGUUUAGCAAAUUGUAAAACUAAGCAAUGUUUAUUUUGAUGUUUACGAACAUGUAAGCUUUGCUUCCAAGAAAGCAAAAUUUGAAUAAACCAAUGCCAGAUUCUGAUUAUAGUUGUGGUGUACAAAAUAUUACUGUGCUUUCGCUUAGCUUGUAUCCAUUUGUUCACAAGUUUUCCUUUAUUUUACCAGCUAAAAUCAUUCCAGUCUCUUGUUGAUCUUUUUUAGAACUGACAGGGAAAUGAUAAGGUGCUUUUAAAUAACCUGUAAAGUAAGAGUGAAUUAAACUUUUAUUU